UGUGUAACUGAAUCAAUUGUAGUGAAAAUAAAACAUAAAUACGAUUGAAGUAAAUGAAAGGAAUGUUUAUAACAUUAACGUAUUAUUAUAUAAUAAAUAAAUGUAUAAAGGAUAUAAAAAUAAGUAAGAAGGAAAGGAAUAAUACGUCACGAUGUAACGAUAUUCAUAUGUUAUCUUCACACAAGUAGUGAUUGAAGGGGUUAAAGAGAAGAAGACAACUUUGCAAAAGAUUAUUUAAAUUCAUUAUCGAAGAGAAAAUGGAGAGAGUGAUAUUUGGUGUUGUGGAUUACAUUGUCUUCAGUUUAAUGCUCUUCCUGUCAGCAAUGAUUGGGGUAUAUUUUCGAUUUACAGGAGGCAAACAGAGGACUACUAACGAAUUCUUUCUUGGAAGUAGAGACAUGGGUGUCAUCCCAGUAGCUUUUUCUAUGAUGACUAGUUAUUUUUCAGCCACUGGUAUGCUUGGAAUAUCAUCAGAGACUUAUUUAUAUGGAUUUCAUCUAACAGUUCAAUGCCUUGUUAGCUUCAUCGCUACACCCAUUGUAAUUUAUGUCUAUCAUAUCGUUUUUUACGAAUUAAAACUCAUUACUGUUAAUGAAUAUAUUAAUAGAAGAUUCGGAAAAUUUGCUAGAUGGACGACAACAAUUAUUUUCAUGUUGCAAACGUUACUCUACUGUGCCGUUGUGCUCUAUGCUCCAGCACUAACUUUAAGCAUAGUAACAGGAAUUUCACUAUGGGCAUCCAUAUUAUCUGUUGGAAUUGUCUGUACAUUUUACUGCACUCUGGGUGGUAUCAAAGCUGUAGUAUGGACAGACGUCUUUCAAGUGAUUUUAAUGUAUACCACUGUCAUGGCUAUACUUGUUAAAGGAUGUAUGGAUGUUGGAGGAUUCGGUGAAAUGUGGAAAAUUUCAGAAAGAGGAGGAAGAAUAACAGUACCAAAUUUCGACUUUGAUUUAACGAAUAGGUAUGGAUUCUGGUCAUUACUGUUUGGAGGAUUUUUUUUCCAUUUAGCUGUUAAUUCUAUAAAUCAAACACAAGUACAGAGGAUGAUGACACUUGGAAAUCUCAAGAAAUCCAGGCUAUCUAUUUACGCAACUCAACCAGUUUUGAUAUUAUUUAUACUCGGACUUUCUCUGUGUGGUUUAGUAAUUUACGCCAACUUGGGGCAAUGUGAUCCAAUUUUGAGGCCUAAAGAAACUGGCAUUACAGCUUCAGAUCAGAUACUUCCAUAUUAUGUCAUGCAAUCUUUAGGAAAAUUCCCAGGUUUGCCGGGAUUAUGCGUUUCUGGUAUAUUUAGUGCAUCAAUUAGCACAAUAUCAUCCGGUGUUAACUCGUUAUCCGCUGUAACAUUAGAAGAUUUCAUUAAACCAUAUUGUUGCAGCGGGCGUUUAACAGAAUCUAAGGCCUCUUACAUAAUGAAAAUCUUAGUGCUAGUAUAUGGACUUUCUUGUAUAUUGCUCUCAUACUUGGUAGAGCAGCUGGACGUUCUGAUGCAAGUUUCAGUUACCAUUCUUAGUGUACUUGGAGGACCAAUCUUUGGAGUAUUUACGUUAGGAAUGCUGUUCAUUAGACCAAACGAGAAGGGUGCCGUUACUGGUGUCGUUAUAUCGAGCGUACUGUUUUUAUGGCUAGGAAUAGGGAAUAACUUAGCACAGUUCAAAACUACAAAAUUACCACAGACAAUUAUGGAAUGUGAUAACGUAACUCAAGCUAUUAAUAUGACAAUAAGUCAUAAUUUUACAUACGUGGACGAGAGAGAUAUAUUUCCAUUAUACAAAAUAUCUUACUGGUGGUUUGCAGUUUUCUCUACUGUUUUAACUGUAAUUAUUGGCUAUUUUGUCAGCUUAAUUACUGGACCAAAGAAAACUGUUGAAAAAGAAUUAUUAACUCCAGCGGCGAGAUGGUUAUACGGUUACAAUAAAUCGAAUCUUGAAAAAGAAUUAAAAAUGGAAGUUUUUCAAGAUUCAACGCAUCAUAUGUAAAAGACUAAGAAGAUAUUUAAUUAUAAUUAAAAUUUUUUCAAUUUAUUGU